UUUGUCAGUUUCGUUCAAAUUUUGUGGCGCGAAUCGUUUUUUCUUCCUUAAAAUGUGAAUGAAAAACUGAUUUACAUGAUUCUUACACGCGUUUUAAAAUUAUCAAGUGUCGUAAACCAUGUGAAACCGUCUGGUUUUUAUAAAAAUUCGUACCAAAAUUCCGGGAACCUAACCUCAAAAAAAGUUUAUGAACAAUUCUUCAAGUUUCGUUUCGUGCCAAUGUCCCGUCCGCGCCUCCUUUUGCUGUCUUCGUCCGUAGUCCACGGGCACGGCUUCCUCGAGUACGCCGCCGCCGACAUCAACACCUUCCUCAACAAAAAUCGCGUCUCGACUGUGCUUUUCGUACCCUAUGCUGCCGUCGACCACGACGCUUAUUUGGCCAAAGUCCGGCCUGUCUUCGCUAAAUGGGGCUACCAAAUCGAGGGUAUUCACCGAGACAACCCCGUCGAGGCGGUGAAACGCGCCGAGGCGAUAUUCGUAGGGGGAGGCAACACUUUCCUCCUCCUCAAAAGCCUCUACGACAAGGGUUUGGUUAAAGUGAUCAGAGAGCGGGUUUUUGAGGACGGGGUGCCGUACAUUGGGAGCAGUGCAGGGACCAACAUCGCUGCACCCUCCAUUCACAACACCAACGACAUGCCCAUUGUGUACCCCCCAAGUUUCAACGCCUUGAACCUCAUCCCAUUCAACAUCAAUCCGCACUAUUUGGACUCAGACCCGGACUCCACCCACAAGGGGGAGACCCGAGAAGAACGCAUUUUGCAAUACCACAGCCUCCCAGAGGAGUACAACGUAUACAAUGUUCUGGGACUUAGAGAAGGAUCAAUGCUUUUGGUUGAUGGCGAAAUGGGAGUCUUGAAAGGGACCAAGAACGCAAGACUAUUUAUUAAAGGGAAAGCUCCUCAAGAAAUCGAACUUGGAACCGACCUGUCUUAUUUAUUUGUCAAAACACACAAAACUGAAGCUUUAAGACUAUAAACACCGUUCAAACAUUUGCACUGCUAGUUUUAAUAAAUCC